CGCAGUAAAACACUAGCGCAAUAACCGCUCCGAUCGAUUUGAUGAUUCUCCGUGGUUAUCGGGAAAACUCACAGUAAAACGAAGCUCACUAAUAAAUCGAACAUUCUCUCUCUGUCUUGGUUCUCAGUUCUCACUCUCUCUGCUUGCUCUCCCCUGGGCCUGGCAUGGCUGCUGCAUUCUUCCCCAAGUUGCUUUUCCUUCUCUUCCUCUUCGUUUUUCCCCUGCUAGCCCUAACAACCCCGACUCAUCAGACAAUCAGAACCUUCAUCUUUCGUGUGGACGAACAUUCCAAGCCUUCCGUUUUUCCUUCUCACUAUCACUGGUACAGCUCUGCGUUCGCUGAUCCAGUUCGAAUCCUUCACGUUUACGAUACAGUCUUCCAUGGAUUCUCCGCAACUGUAACUCCCAACCAAGCUGCUUCCAUCUUCCAACACCCCUCAGUGCUUGCUGUCUUUGAAGAUCGUCGUCGGCAACUCCACACCACUCGUUCUCCUCAAUUUCUCGGUCUUCGUAACCAGCAGGGUCUUUGGUCGGAAUCCGAUUAUGGAUCCGAUGUAAUAAUCGGUGUCCUUGACACUGGAAUCUGGCCAGAGAGGCGGAGUUUCUCCGAUCUGAACCUCGGCCCUGUUCCUAGACGGUGGAAAGGUGUCUGCGAGGCUGGAGUUCAGUUCAGCUCAGCUCACUGUAACCGGAAGCUCAUUGGAGCUAGAUUUUUCUCUAAAGGCCAUGACGCGGCUGGGGGAUUGGGCGGACCUGGCGGAGUCGGAGGGGUUAAUGAAACCAUUGAGUUUCGAUCACCUAGAGACGCAGACGGUCAUGGAACUCACACCGCUUCGACUGCUGCAGGCAGGCACGCGUUUGAGGCGAGCAUGGACGGAUACGCCCCCGGAAUCGCAAAAGGUGUAGCUCCCAAGGCUCGAUUAGCUGCUUAUAAGGUAUGCUGGAAGAACUCGGGCUGCUACGAUUCCGAUAUCCUGGCAGCAUUUGAUCGUGCUGUAGCUGAUGGUGUAGAUGUAAUUUCGAUUUCAAUUGGUGGCGGUGAUGGUAUUUCCUCGCCGUAUUACCUUGAUCCAAUUGCUAUUGGAGCUUUCGGAGCUUUUUCGAAAGGGGUUUUCGUCUCAUCGUCGGCCGGAAACGAUGGACCGAAUGGCAUGUCGGUGACGAACCUUGCACCAUGGCUCACCACUGUUGGAGCUGGUACCAUUGAUCGUAACUUCCCUGCAAGCGUAAUUCUCGGCGAUGGCCGGAAACUCUCCGGCGUAUCGCUCUAUUCAGGGAAAUCGCUGAAUGGAACUAUGUUCCCUCUGGUUUAUCCUGGUAAAUCAGGGAUGCUCUCUGCUUCACUCUGUAUGGAGAACUCUCUUGAUCCCAGCCUCGUUAAGGGGAAAAUUGUUGUCUGUGAUCGCGGAAGUAGUCCCAGAGUGGCCAAAGGUUUGGUGGUCAAGAAAGCGGGCGGUGUGGGAAUGAUUCUCGCCAACGGAGUAUCCAACGGUGAAGGCCUCGUCGGUGACGCUCAUCUGCUCCCAGCUUGUGCUGUCGGUGCCAACGAAGGAGAUGUGGUGAAGUCCUACAUUUCAUCGUCUUCGCUUCCGACAGCCACAAUUACAUUUGGUGGGACAGUGGUCGGUAUCAAGCCCGCGCCAGUAGUGGCUUCGUUCUCUGGUCGUGGACCCAACGGUUUAACUCCGGAGAUACUCAAACCGGAUUUGAUCGCACCCGGAGUAAACAUUCUAGCUGCCUGGACCAGCGCCGUGGGUCCGACUGGAUUAGAUUCCGAUAGCCGGAAAACUGAAUUCAACAUCUUGUCCGGAACGUCGAUGGCAUGCCCACACGUAAGCGGUGCCGCAGCUUUAUUGAAAUCUGCCCACCCGGAUUGGAGUCCGGCGGCGAUUCGUUCGGCAAUGAUGACCACUGCGAACAUCGUUGAUAAUCGUCUUCAGACCAUGACCGAUGAGUCCACCGGGAAACCAGCAACGCCGUACGAUUUCGGCUCCGGUCAUCUUAACCUGGACCGUGCAAUGGACCCUGGUCUAGUGUAUGACAUUUCCCCCACCGACUACGUAAACUUCUUGUGUUCAAUCGGUUACUUACCGAACACAAUCCAAGUGAUUACGAGAAUACCGGCGACUUGCCCAGUGAAGAAACCGUUGCCGGAGAAUCUGAAUUAUCCGUCAAUCACGGCACUAUUUCCGAGCACUUCGAGCGGGGUUUUGAGCAAGUUGUUUAUUAGGACGGUGACGAAUGUGGGGCCUGUAAAUUCCGUGUACAGGGUGAAGAUCGAGGUGCCUCAGAAGGGGGUAUCGGUGACGGUGAAGCCGGUGAAACUGGUGUUCUCGGAGAUGGUGAAGAAGCAGAACUUUGUAGUGACCGUAACGGCCAACACUCGAAACAUGGUGUUGGAUGAUUCGGGUAUUGUGUAUGGUUCGCUGUCUUGGUCGGACGGAAAGCAUGUAGUUCGGAGCCCAAUCGUGGUCUCAAAAAUGGAAUCGUUGUGAUUGAUCAUGCGGCUUUGAUCGAUCCAUCGGCUGGUAGGAUCGGACCGUUAGGUUAGGUUGUGUUAUGCGUGGGAGUAAAUUAAAUUAUUAUUAUAUAGGGUUUCUUUUUUUAGUAAUUUGUUCUGGGUGAGACGUUUGUGAUUUUUUUUCUUUUAAAAUCUCAUAACAUCAAUGAUGUAUAUGUGCUAAUUAACGUUUUUUUAGUUGUGUUUCGGUGUUUCUCAACUAAAAUA